AUGGAAGACACCAAAGCAACACAUUCUAGUGAUUUUAAUAGAGAUACUGAAGAAAAACAUCAAAAGAAGAAAAGUAAAAACAAGAAAAAGCGUAGCGGUGGAGAUGGCGACCACGGCGUUCCAACCUUGCCUGAUGGUUUAGUCACCGGUUCGAAUUCAAGCGAUGUUCAUCAAAAUAUAUCGCUAAAGGACUUGAAGAUGGCUAUGGAAGUGCUAAAUCUCCAACAAAAACCUGCUAAAACGACUGAAGAGGCUUUACACAAAUCAUAUCAAUUUUGGUCAACUCAACCUGUACCAAAAAUGGAUGAAAAAAUAAUUUCUAACGAACCAAUAGAGCCUCCUAAAACUCCUGAAGAAAUAAGAUCAGAGCCCUAUACUUUGCCUGAUGGAUUUCAAUGGGACACCCUAAACUUGAAUGAGCCAUUGGUGUUAAAAGAACUGUAUACUCUACUCAACGAGAACUAUGUUGAAGAUGACGAUUGCAUGUUUCGUUUUGAUUAUCAAACUGAUUUUUUGAAGUGGGCUCUUCAACCUCCUGGUUGGAAGAUGGAAUGGCAUUGUGGGGUUCGAGUGGUCAAGUCUGGUAGAUUAGUUGGAUUCAUAUCUGCCAUUCCAGCCCAGCUGAGAAUAUAUGACCAUGUGCAAACAGUUGUUGAAAUCAACUUUUUGUGUGUACAUAAAAAACUACGUGCUAAAAGAGUAGCCCCAGUUUUAAUUCGAGAAAUAACUCGCAGAGUUAACCUCACUGGAAUAUUUCAAGGUGUCUAUACAGCUGGAAUCGUUUUACCCAAACCUAUAGCCAGCUGCCGUUAUUGGCAUAGAUCACUUAAUCCAAAGAAGUUAAUUGAUAUUAAGUUCAGUCACUUAUCUAGAAAUAUGACCAUGCAAAGGACUCUGAAACUGUUUAAACUGCCUGACCAUCCAAAAACCCCAGGAUUUCGUAAGCUGGAAGUUCAAGACAUUGAAAAGGUGGUUAAACUUUUAAAUGAUUAUUUGAAAAAGUUUGAUUUGGCUCCUAUCUUUUCAGAUGAAGAUUUCAAGCAUUGGUUUUUACCACAGGCUGGUAUAAUUGAUAGCUUUAUUGUGGAAGCUGCUGAUGGCAGUAUUACAGACUUUGUAAGUUAUUAUACAUUACCUUCUACAGUUGUAUACCAUCCUGUACAUAAAACGCUUAAAGCUGCAUAUUCAUUUUACAAUGUAUCUACUAAGACACCGUGGAUAGACUUAAUGCUAGAUGCAUUAAUUACUGCCAAAAACUCUGGUUUUGAUGUAUUUAAUGCUUUAGACCUUAUGGAUAAUAAGGAGUUCUUAGAACCCCUUAAGUUCGGGAUUGGUGAUGGCAAUUUGCAAUAUUAUUUAUACAAUUGGAGAUGUCCAAGUAUGACACCUAAUAAAAUUGGUUUAGUUCUGCAAUAA